AUUUUACCAGAAAUCUAGUUAGCUUUAUUUUGAUUUUUGAGAGACCGAGAGGAAGAGUAAAAGGGAAAGGAAAAUCGAACAUUUCUCCCAGUACUAGAGGUGGAAUUGAGGGAUCUGAGUAAAUUUGUGGUCGCCGAUCUUAUCAAUUGAAGAGAAUGGGGCUGGUGUGGUUGGAAGCGAUGCUGCCAUUGGGAAUUAUAGCAGGGAUGCUCUGCGUUAUGGGCAACGCUCAGUAUCACAUCCACAAAGCUGCUCACGGCCGCCCUAAGCACAUUGGGAACGACGUCUGGGAUGUGGCUAUGGAGAAACGCGAUAAGAAAAUCAUCGAGAUGCUCUCUUCGCCUCCUGCUUCCACCUGAUUUAGAUUACAAUGCUUGGUGGCAUGCUGGAAUAAAUAAUGACAAACUGUGCAAGAAUUAUGGUGAUUAUGGAUGUGGUUUAUGAUAAAUCUGUUGAAAUACAUAUGUUGUUUAACAUGCAAGUCUAUUCUUAUUGAGAUUAGAAUUGUUUGAAAGUGUUGGGUUUGAAACAGAAAUCAGAAUGGUGAAGUUGUUGGACCAUCAAUAUAUAUUAUUACUACA